AUGCCACCUAAAAAGAAAGAAGAAGCUAAACCGAAACCACUUAUUGGUCGAAUUGGUACUAAUCUUAAAAUGGGUAUUGUUGGUUUACCUAACGCUGGAAAAUCAACUUUUUUUAAUAUCCUUACUAAAUCAAGUGUACCUGCUGAAAAUUUUCCUUUUUGUACGAUCAAUCCAAAUGAAAGUCGAGUACCUGUACCUGAUCAACGAUUUGACUUUUUAUGUCAACAUUAUGAACCAUUAAGUAAACAACCAGCGUUUCUGAAUGUUGUCGAUAUUGCUGGCCUCGUUAAAGGUGCAAGUGAAGGACAAGGUCUUGGAAAUGCUUUUCUUUCACAUAUUAAAGCAUGUGAUGGUAUAUUUCAUAUGGUUCGAAUUUUUGAUGAAGUUGAUAUCGCUCAUGUUGAAGGAAAUGUUGAUCCUAUUCGUGACAUUGAAAUAAUUCAUGAUGAAUUAAGAUUAAAAGAUCUUGAAAUGUGUAAAAAAACAGGUGAAGAUUUAGAGAAAAAAGUUGUACGAGGAAAUGAUAAAUCAUUAAAAGCUGAUUAUGAAACUAUAAAUAAAGUUUUACAUAUAUUAAAUGAAGACAAAGGUAAUGUUCGUUUUCAUGAUUGGAAUGAAAAAGAAAUUGAAGUAUUAAAUAAACAUUUAUUUAAUACAUCAAAACCAAUGGUUUAUCUAUUGAAUAUGUCGGAAGAAGAUUAUAUCAAGAAAAAAAAUAAAUGGUUAGGAAAAGUUAAAC